AUGACGAGCUCCGCCCCCACACCUCAUCCCUCCGCAAUUCCCAAAGGCAACACUCAAGAGCAAGAGCCACACACUUCGAGCAAAGAAGAAAAGCGAACAAACUUGGUAUCCAAUCUCACCUCACCAAUCCCUCAGCCAAAGCUGCGUCUUCACGUGGAAGACCUACGCCAUCCAGCCUCAAGUGCCUUCCUCACCUUGAUCCCAGACCUCGCAUCAACACUCGACAAGGCUCUAGCAAACAUCAUAAAAUACCUCUAUACUUCACCCGCAAAGUCCGAGAACCCCAACCGACCCGCUUUCACACCCAGCAUCCCGCCAACAAGAUCUGUAACAGUCUUCCUCCGCGAUUACAGCGGGGUAGCCUAUACAACAGGCACAGAGCUCGACGACGCGCACAAGGAAAUCCACGUAUCGCUCCCGUUCAUCCAGCACUGUACAUCCGGUCCAUCUGCGAAGGAUGACCCACUCCAUGAGCUAGUCGGGGUUUUGACCCACGAGCUUGUGCAUUGCUAUCAACACACCGCGCCGCCUAGUUCCCACGAAAAUGGUAACGGGGGAAUUCCCCGUCCGCCGGGUGGACUAAUCGAGGGCGUAGCUGACUUCGUGAGGCUCAAGGCUGGUUUGGAGCCGCCGCACUGGAAACGUCCCCUGUCUGCGGCGGAGAGGCCGCCGAAGUGGGAUAUGGGGUAUCAGCAUACGGCCUAUUUCCUGGAGUGGCUGGAGGAUGUUAGGUAUGGGAGGGGUGCUGUGGGGAUGCUGAAUGAUCGGCUUUUGAGAGUUGGGUAUGUUGGCGAAGGGGAGAAGAAGGAUGUGGACCAACAGAGUAUUGGAUUCUGGGAGGGUCUUUUCGGGAUUGGGAUUGGGGAGUUGUGGGAAGAGUAUGGGCAGUAUCUGGACAGUCUUACGAAGGAAGGUUUCGGGAGGGGCAGUGGGAACUGA